AUUUAUUCAAAAUGAUGAAACUUAAGGGUAAUGCCUUGUUCGCGGCAUCCACAUUACUGGCCGCUUUUGGUUUCCUGUUGUUCGGUUAUGACCAGGGUGUCAUGUCUGGUGUUGUUGCCAAUCAACUGUUCAUCGAUCAGAUGAGUAACCCCAGUUCCGCCUUGAUGGGUGCAAUUGUCGCCUUGUAUGAAAUCGGUUGUAUGGUGGGUGCUCUUUCUACUGGCAAAAUCGGUGAUUUGAUCGGUCGUCGUAAAACCAUUCGUCUUGGCUGUCUUAUUCUCUGCAUUGGCGCCAUCCUUCAAACCGCAGCCAUCAAUGUCCCUAUGAUGAUUAUUGCUCGUAUCGUUACUGGUCUUGGAAACGGCAUGAAUACUGCCACCAUUCCAGUAUACCAAGCCGAAUUGUCGCCUCCCAAGUCCCGUGGUACUCACGUCGCCUUUGAAGCUUCCUUGCUCGCUGUCGGUGUUGCCAUCGCCUACUGGCUCGAAUACGGUCUCUACUUUGUCCAGGGUGACUUUGCCUGGCGUUUCCCUUUGGCUUUCCAAAUGAUUUUCGCCAUCAUUCUCGGUGUGGCUUCCUUUGUUUUGCCCGAAUCGCCUCGUUGGUUGCAAGCUCACGGAAAGGAAGAAGACUGUAAAAUCGUGCUUGCUCGUCUCUGGUCCGAUGAAGAUGUUAACCAUCCCCGUUGUAUCGCUGAAUGGGAAGAAAUCCGUGAUGGUAUCGAACUUGAACGACGUGAAGGUGUCUCUUCUUACAUUGAACUGUUCAAGAAGGGCAAGAUGAACAACCGUUACCGUGUGCUUUUGGGCAUGGGUGGUCAGCUUAUUCAGCAAUUCGGUGGUAUCAACGUUAUCUCUUACUAUUUGACGGAUGUGUUCAAGCAAGCCGGUAUGAGCACGGAAAAGGCCAUGCUGUUCACUGGCAUCGACGGUAUCGUCUACUUUUUGGGCGCCUUCACUCCUAUCUAUACCAUUGAUCGAUUGGGUCGUCGUAAACUCAUGUAUGGUGGUCUGAUUGGUCAAGCUGUGACCUUGCUCAUUGUCGGUGGAUGUCAGUAUGCCGUUGAAUCCGGAAGAAGCGAAUACUCGCCUGCUGUUAUUGCAUUUGUCAUGAUUUACAACUUUAUCUUUGGUGCUGCUUGGCUUGGUUUAGCUUGGUUGUAUCCUUCCGAGAUUUUCUCCACAGGACUUCGUGCCAAGGGUAACUCCAUGUCGACAGCAGCCAACUGGAUUGGUAACUUUGUCGUCGCCGAAAUUGCCCCCGUUCUCUUUGAAUACGCAAAGUACUGGACUUUCUUAAUGUUUGGUAUUCUCAACGUGCUUUUCUUGAUCCCCAUCUUUUUGUGGUAUCCCGAAACCAACGGCAAGUCUUUGGAAGAAAUCGAAGUGUUGUUCGCUACCAAGGACGUGCAAGAAGAUGCCAAGUCCGUCGCUUCUCACAUUGGUUCCACUUCGCUCUAUGACUCCAAGCACGAUGCUGAAUCCAUGGCUCAGCGACCCCGCUCGUCAAUGUUCUUCAGCAGCAGCCGUCCCGGUUCCCGUCGCAUGCCAAGCAACUUCUCCGCUUCCCAGCAAUAUGGAGUUGACACUACUGGUUCCUCCGGUUAUGAAAAACCCAAUCCCAAUACUGCUGCGGGUCAGGUUGCUCAGUCUUACGACGAAAAGACCGAGAACCAUCGCGCGCAGGAUGAGCAAGACGGCAAGGGUCCCAACUACAAGUAAUCUACUCCUUUACAAAAUUCCUUUUAAUUACUUAUUUUUGGGCUGAGCCCUAUUUAUCUAAUAGCUCUUAGAAUGCAAUGCUCUUGUACAUAAUUCCCUUUUUCCAUUUCUCUCUUUUACUUCUUUCAACUCUUUCAUUUUAUUUUCUCCCAUGUACAAGCAAGUCUUUGGUUCAAUAAAUCCAAAUUG